AUGCGUGACUCUACUAGAGCUCGGAACAGUUUCAGAACAUCCACCUCCUGCCCUUCAGACACCAACCUGAAGGACUUCCACACUGAUAACUUCGCUUGUCCCACUAAAAAAUUAGCCAAGGAGGAGUCAGGCUGGUUGGUGGUUCUCGCUGCUCUGGAAGAGUGGUGGUGCUUCAUGGAGAGACCUGUGUGUGAUGCUGGCUUUGACAAGCAGGAUGCAGAGGUUGUGUGUCGAGAGCUGGGCUGUGGGCUUCCUGUGGAGGUGCUGGGAGCAGCUGCUUUUGGCAGAGGGGAGGGUCAGGUGUGGUCAGAGGAGCUUCAGUGUAAAGGCAAUGAAUCUCAGAUUUACUUCUGUCCAAAAUCAUUUUCACUCAAACACAACUGCACUCAUGACAGUGAUGUGGGACUGGUGUGUGCUGAUGUCGUAGAUGUGAGAUUGGUGGAUGGUGGCAGUCGCUGUGCUGGGAGAGUGGAGGUUCUUCAUAGAGGACAGUGGGGAACAGUGUGUGAUGAUGGCUGGGAUAUGAGAGAUGCUGCAGUGGUGUGUAGAGAGCUGGGCUGUGGAGAACCUGUAGCUGCGCUGAGUAAGGCUCACUUUGGACCAGGAUCAGGAAUAAUAUGGAUGAAUGAUGUGGACUGUAGUGGAUCAGAGGCCACAGUAAAAAACUGUAAAUCAGCAGGAUGGAGUAGAAAUGAUUGUGUUCAUUCUAAUGAUGCUGGGGUCAUUUGUUCAGAAGUCAAGCUACUUGGUGGUUCUCGCUGCUCUGGGAGAGUGGAGGUGCUUCAUGGAGAGACCUGGUCCACAGUGUGUGAUACUCGCUUUGACCAGCAGGAUGCAGAGGUUGUGUGUCGAGAGCUGGGCUGUGGGCUUCCUGUGGAGGUGCUGGGAGCAGCUGCUUUUGGCAGAGGGGAGGGUCAGGUGUGGUCAGAGGAGCUUCGGUGUAGAGGCAAUGAAUCUCAGGUUUACUUCUGUCCAACAUUACCUUCACUCAAACACAACUGCUCCCAUGACAGUGAUGUGGGUCUGGUGUGUGCUGUCAGUGUGAGGUUGGUGGAUGGUGGCAUUUGCUGUGAUGGGAGAGUGGAGGUUCUUCAUAGAGGACAGUGGGGAACAGUGUGUGAUGAUGACUGGGAUAUGAGAGAUGCUGCAGUGGUGUGUAGAGAGCUGCGUUGUGGAGAUGCUGUAGAUGCACUGAGUGAUGCUCACUUUCGACCAGGAUCAGGACCAAUCUGGAUGAAUAAUGUGGACUGUAGUGGGUCAGAAUCUACACUGAAGAACUGUGUAUCAGCAGGAUGGGGAAAACAGAACUGUAAUCAUUCUAAAGAUGCUGGAGUCGUCUGUUCAGGUACGCUUUUCUGA